UUACCGGGUGCGCGUGCGCUCAGCGCGUUUUUACCGCAGUGUGUCUGGAUUAGUGCGCGGCGCUGCGGCACUCCGCUCGGGUCUCAACGGGAAGAGCGAGAGAAAGCGACCGAACCGCGUCCGUGAGCACCAGCCGUUCCAUCGCGCGUAUUCCCAGCGGUUAUCAAAGCGGCGCGCACCGGAGACAUGGCCAAAGACGACGAGAAGAAGGAAUCCGGGGAAUGGAAGGAAUUCUUCUGGAACCCGCGGACGCACGAGCUGCUCGGGAGAACGGCGAGCAGCUGGGGUCUGAUUCUGUUGUUCUAUCUGAUCUUUUACACAUUUCUGGCUGGCAUGUUCUGUCUCACCAUGUAUGUGAUGCUGCUGACGCUGGAUGAUUAUCGGCCCACUUGGCAAGACCGUCUGGCUACACCAGGCGUGAUGAUUCAGCCAAAAGGCGAUCCUCUAGAAAUCGUUUAUAAUGUGGAGAAAACAGAGAGCUGGGAUUCAUACAUUCAGGCUUUGGACAACUUCCUUGCACUCGAUAUGAUGAAGGUGCUUCGUUUACUCCUGCAGGUGAUUGGGCUGAAGCCAAGUAAUGAUGAAAAGUCUCCAUUCGUCUCCUGUUCAGCAAAGGCUCAGAAGAUGGCUCAGACGAACGAAACCAAUGCUGAAGUUGAAUACUUCCCUCAAAACGGAACCUUCAACCUCAUGUACUAUCCAUACUACGGCAAGAGAGCACAGGUGAAUUAUUCUCAGCCCCUGGUGGCUGUGAAGUUCACAGACAUCUCUUUCAACACAGACUUCAAUGUGGAGUGUAAGAUCAACUCUAGCACUCAGUUCAAGAUCAGCGAAAGAGACAAAUUCGCCGGCCGCGUAAUCUUCAAGCUGCGCAUCAACAAAGCGUAGAGCAACUGCAUCUGCCACACACACACACACACACACACACACACACACUCAGGAGAUGGUAGAAGUCCUUCAUAUCUCAAAGUGUUAAAUGUAUUUGUCCGUCCCCAUUCUCCUGUCUACACGAUGGUUUCUGUGUGUGUGUGUGUGUGUGUGUGUGUGUGUCUUUGUAUCUCUGUGUGUUUUGAGUACUCUUGACUGUCGUCAUAUCCAGCUGAUACCCUUCCAAAGUGAAAUCAAGAGAGCAGGAAAACAUCAUCAAGCCUUUCUAGAUUUCUAGACACAAUAUCACGAACAAUCCAGUUAAUUCAGAGGGACCACAAUCAUCCAAAACCUGCCAAGAAAUUAUAUUAUAUAAUGUACUCCCAAAAUAUAGGAAAAUAACACCAUGAUGUGAAAAAUUUAAAAUAGGCUUAAUUUUCUGUAUGCAAAAUAUAAUUUCUUACCUUUUUCUUUUGAUAUCAAUCUAAAAUGUGACCUGGAUUCACUCGUUAAGUCUAUAUAAUGGCUUUUAUGUUACUGAGCGUAUAACAACACAAAUUAGGUAAAAUCUGGUCAAAUUCAGGAUCAUCUGUAGAAAUGCGCAUAUAUGAUCAAUUAACAAACAGAGCCAUAAAAAUCGUCACAGACUGUAAUCGACUCAUAUCUGUCACAUAUCGUUCUCUUAACUUGAUAUCUGUUAUAUCCAUUUAUUUAUUUACGAAUUAAGGUACAUUUAUAAUGUUAUUCAUUUAUUUAUUUAUCGGAUUUGUGGUUUUUAUUUUUUAUAUACAUAUGACAACGUUUGUGAAGACACUUUUGUAACACUGUAAUGUUCACGAAUGCACACACACACAAGCGAAGUUAAACCGAAACGUUUGGCUGACGUUCUGCACAUUAGCCAAUCAGCUUCAAGCUGCGCCAUAUCAGUUCGCCAUUAAUUAAUUUGCCCAAUCGACUGAUAACAUAUUUCGUCCAGAACGGUUCGACCCAUCUUUCUAAACGUGUACACAGCAAUACCUUCUGGUCCGUGAGUGUACUGUUAAUACUUGUAAAUAAUGCAGAAUCUGAGGUAGGUAACAAAGAGAGUAGUUACGAAGAAAAGCGUGAAAAAAAACUUCAAUUAAGAUUAAAAUUUGCCAAUCCAAGUAGAUGAAUGAACAAAUGUGUUUUCUUCCCAAAAAGUGUUUUUUAAUUUAUUUGUUGUUGAGCACAUCAUGGGUUAGCGCCCGUUAGCACAGCGGAAAUAUGACGCAAACAUUAGCUGCAUAUGUUUCUCGAAACUUUAGUUCGUUUCUUCUUAGCUUUGGUAGAAUCUUAGACUUUUAUCAUGUGAUUUGACAUUUGGAUGUUCAGGGGGAUUCGAGUCGAACGGACAAGUCAGACUCCUGAUUUGUGAGCGAGACAUUAGCGUAGUGCUUAUUAGCGAACCACUAGCCUGCCGUCGUCGACGCGCGGGUGGCCUGUCUGUGUUUAGUUUUUCUUUUGUGUUCCUUUAUUCCGCCCCCAGUAGUGAAUGUGCUGUGUUUCUAUUGGGUUACUGCCACAGUGUUGUGCGUUUGAAACAUUGGAGGGUGUGUGUUAGAAAAG